AUGUCAACGACAUCUGGGCCUUCACCAUUACCGUCAAAUCGAUCACCUAUACCCUUGAAUCGAGAUAUUGAUCGAGUAGACUCAAAAACAACGGUCAAUCUAGAUUUAUCAUUACCCACAGCAUUAUCUCAUUUAGUUUUACAUUUAAUCCAACCAUUAUCAGCAUAUUAUCCACAUUCAAUCUUACUUUCACUUCGAGAUGAAUUGAUAUCAAAACUCACUGAUAUAUUUUCACCAUCUUGGGAAGGUCCAAGACCUCAAUUAGGUUCAGGAUAUAGAUCCUUGAUAUGCACGAAACAUAUUGGUUUACCCAAAGUUCUUUGUCAAGCGGCGGAUAAAAUAGGUGUCGAUGUUUCAAAAUGGAGAAAGUCAAUAGCAAGUCUGAAAUCAGGUGAAAGAGGUGAAGAAUGGCAAUGUUGGUGUGAUCCAGGUCAAGUCACUUGGAGAUGGGGCGGUUGGGAAUGGGAGGAUCAUGGCUAUGAACCUACAAAGGUGCAUAAAGAACCCUUACAAAUCAUCUGGCAGUCAUCUUCAUCACUCUCCCCGUCCAUCUCCACUGCUAUACCCAAUGCAGCUAUCCAUACCCCCUCUCGACCUUCAUACGCGAUCCCUAUCAGAGCACCUACCGCUGGACCACCAACCCCAGGUCCUGCGCCCACACUAUUUGCUAUCCCGCCUACCCCAGCUCAGAACUCAUCCGAAACUAUCUUAGACAAUGACGACAACCUUCUUCCUGCCUUUUCAACUCUUGGUCUUGGUCAUCCUUCAGGACAUGGCGGAAGGGGCCAAACACCCUCGGGAUGGACUAGCAGUACCGGAUCAAGAGAAACGAGUUAUGGUGAUUCCUUCCAUUCUGAAUCAGAUAAUCACUCCGACUCGGAAGGAGAAGGCCAUGACCAAGAUCGGUCCAAAGCUCCUUCAAGAGGAUCUCACCGAGGUUCAGAAUCAACUUCGUCAAUUACUUCUUCCGUGUCAGACAGUAAUUCGGGACAUACUCAACUACUUACUCCUGCUUCCAGACCUGGAUCAGCAGAUCCCUUCUCCAUCCCGACUUUAUCACUGAAAGACAAAGAUCGAUCUAGGAAGAUCACUCCUCCAAAUCUCAACAACUUGACUACUAGAGGUAGGACACCUUCGCCCAAUACAUCCGGAAAUGAAACCACUCCCGGAACAGAGAACACAGUUACACCUUCUCAAACUCAAAUCCCCACCCCAACAGUCACACCAUAUGAUGGAGGAAACGUUACUGUUUUAGGCGGAGGGGUUAAGUUAGGUGGAUCAUCAAGACCUUCCUCUGUCUUAUCACAUAGAUCACCAAUGGACAGAUCAAGGUCUCCUUCCAUUUCAUUAGCUAGCAGAGCGUUAAACACAGCUACUGCACCUGGAACCGAUGGUAUGAUACCGAGAAAACAAAGGACAAGAAGAAGGAUCAUGCCUACUUACCUUGGUCAUCUCGGUCAACCAGGUGUAGGUGGUCCAGUCAUGGGCGCCUUCCAGUUUACAGGUCCAACCGCAACUCCCAGUGGGAAAUCCAACGGUGCAAGUGUAGGUGUAGGUGUCAGCCCUCCACCAAUCACUUCAGGAAGAUCAGUCAGUCUUCCAACUACUAUGCCUAGAAUGGGAUGA